AUGAGGAAGCCAAGCGCCGACAAGACCAAGUCUCUGGAUCUUCGCUUGGAUGGGGAAAAGGGUCCCAAGAGGCUGACGGCCCAAGAGAAGUUGUGCCAGGACGUGGAGAAGAGAAUGCAGCAGGAAGCAAAGAAGAAAGUGAAAAAGGAGAAGGAGGAGGAAGUGAAGGAAGUUGAGAAGGAUAAGAAGAAGAAGAGUGAGAAGGAAGAUAUCAAGUAUGUCCCAGUCAAGCGCAAGUUGAUCGAAGAUGUCUUCACCCCUCCAACCAAGUGUCCUGUGGAGCCUCCUCCAGCUGCUGCUUCGCGUUCUGAGGUGAGGGAGAUGGUCAGAGGCCUGGCCUCAAGCGAUGCAGAGGAGGAGGAGGAUGCAUCGGCAAGCGAGGCAUCUUCAAAUGUCGAAGAGAAGGAUGAGGAACCCGAAGCCUCAGAGAAUGAGGCUGAAGAUGGAAGUGAAGAUGGCGAUGUGAGCGUGACCAACAAGCGUGAUUGGGACAGUUUCGUUCGAUCCAAAGAGCGGUUCCGCUGUGGUGACUACUUUAAUACAAACAAGACCGAACUCUUUAACUUUUGGCUGGACUCUGGGAAAAGUUGGGAUGCUUGUGUCCUACACGUGGAUCGAGUUCACCAAACCAAGAAUGAAAGCAAAAAGGGAUGGACGGCCUUUCAGGGGUGGGACCUGGUAGACAAGUACGGCAAGGACCGCGGUGAGGAGAUGAUUUGUCGUAGAACAGAAGAGAACUUGUUCAACAAGGACGAUAUGUUGAGUGCCUCUGCAUCGGUCAACGAAGAAGGUCUCAUGGACAAACUCAUCGAUGGGGAAGUCGGCGUGCUCAAACCCGGGGCAAUGCCAGCGGUCGAUACAGCUAGCGCGGCUGGAUGUGCAAAGCUCUUGAAUGCUAUGAAUGCCAAGGUCUCCAAUGCAAAGAAUCCGAAGCCGAAGAAAGAAACAUCCGAAGAAGUGGUCCCAAAGACUGUGUCGGAGGCGCUGGGGCUCAAGCUCCAAAAGCACUUGAAGGCUUCGGCCUUGGCCAGGAGCAACAGCAUCACUCUUUCAGGCUUAGAGUUUGCUGAUGAUCUUGCCAAAGCUCUUCUGAAGCAAGCCGGUGAUAUGGAACAGACUUACAAGAAGGCUCAACGUGCUUUGAAGGAAAAGAAGUCUGACAAGGAAUUGAAAAAGUUCAUCCCUGACAUGGAGAACCAGCAGAAAGCAGCUACAAAAUUGCAGGCUGCGGCGAACGCUUUCCUGUCGAGCGCACGGCCCAAGAAGCGCAAAACCACUGACAAGGCCAAGGGUAAGAAGAAGUGA